CUCUUCACAAAUAACAGCCUUCCCCUCAUAAUGCCUACUACAUAAAACCCUGAAAAUGGGCACCGAAUACAGAAUAGUACAGAAUACUCUUUUUACAACAAUAAUGCAUAAAGAAUCAUGCAUAAAGGCACCAUUAUUGACUUGCAUUUUCUUCAAAUUUAAUUAAAUUAUUAAACAAUUUUCAUGCAUGUUUUAGUUUCCUCAUGCAAAAGAACACAAAUAUCUUUAGUAUAUUAGUUACUACUAUAUAUAUAACCCCAUAUAACACCCAAUUCUCCAAUUCACCAAUUACUUUCAAACACACACAUAUUUCGAGAAAAUCAAAUACUCGAUCGAUUAGACGGAAAAAAAAAGAAAAAAGAAUCAUGAGCAGAAUGGAAGGAGGAGACUGGAUGUGCAAUGCAUGCCAGCACAUCAACUUCAAGAAACGGGAUUCUUGCCAGCGUUGCGGCUGCCCCAAGUUCGCUACUUCAGCCCAAAUAUCGUCGUAUUCGAUGCAGAAGAUCAGUACAGAUCAACAAACGUUGGCCGGAGAUUGGUACUGUGGCGCCAUGAACUGCAGGACCCACAAUUACGCGAGCAGAGGUGCGUGCUAUAGGUGCGGUGCUUCAAAGGACUAUUGCGGUUAUGGGGCCGAAGUUAUUGCGUCGGCCGGUUAUGCGUAUGAUGCCAUUCCCGGUUGGAAAACCGGUGACUGGAUUUGCUCAAGAUUAGGAUGCAGCACGCACAAUUACGCUUGCAGGAUCGAAUGCUACAAAUGCAGGAUGCCUAGAGAUUGUGGAGGACAAAUGUGAGAAGAUUGGAAUGAGGAGAGCAGCUUUUUUGCAAGUUUAAUUUUAUUUUUCGAGAGCUUCUUUUUAUCGUACUUCUUCGAUCUGGUGUUGUUUCGGUGAUUUCUCUGUAAACUUGCAUUGUUUGAUGCAAAAUUAAAAAAAAAAAUGUACUUGCAUCAUGAGUGAAGCUAAUGAAAUCUCAAUCUUCGUUUGUGUGCAAA